GGGGAGAGGAAGCCUUCUAAGGCAUUCUUUCCGGAAAGUCUUAGGUCUGGGAAUUGUGGACGUGUACCAGUGUCUGCAAGAUAUUUGCAGAGCGAGUCAGUGAUAACGUAAACCACGAUUGGAGCGAGUUUGUUGAGAGAGCAGAAAGAGGCUGGAGAGGAAAUGGAGCAAAUCCUGAAAAAAAGGCAAGUCCUGCUGUUCUUUGUUUUGCUGGGCAUAGCUCAGGCUGGGUCCACAAUUAGGCGCUAUUCGGUGGAGGAGGAAGCAGAGAACGGUUUUUUUGUGGCAAAUUUGUUGAAGGACCUGGGGCUGGAGGUAGAGGAACUCGCUGAGCGGGGACCGCGAGUAAUUUCCAAAGGGAAAAAAUUGAACUUAGAAUUCAAUAGGCAAACAGGAGAUUUGUUGUUAAGGGAGAAAUUGGACCGGGAGGAGCUGUGCGGUCCUGCUGAACCCUGUGUGGUGCCUUUCCAGGUGUUACUGGGAAAUCCUUUGGAGAUUUUUCAGGCUGAACUACAGAUUAGGGACAUAAAUGACCAUUCUCCCGUUUUUCUGGACAAAAAAAUAAUUUUGAAAAUUUCAGAAAUUACUGCUCCCGGUACCACUUUCCUAAUAGAACGUGCUCAAGACUUAGAUGUAGGAAGCAACAGUCUCCAAACUUACUCAAUCAGCCCCAAUUUCCAUUUUCAUCUUAAUCUACAAGACAGUCCUGAUGGCACAGUAUUACCACAGCUGGUUCUGGACAAAGUGUUGGAUCGGGAGGAACGGUCUGAAAUCAGAUUAAUACUGACAGCUCUAGAUGGGGGGAAUCCACCCAGGUCUGGUACUGUCCAUAUCCUUAUUGAAGUCUUAGACAUCAAUGACAAUGCCCCCGCGUUUUCAAAGCUUCGCUAUGAGGUUCAGGUCCCAGAGAACAGUCCUGUUGGAUCCCAGGUUGCCACUGUCUCUGCUAAGGAUUUAGACAUUGGAGACAACGGACAAAUAACUUAUGCCUUUUCCCAAGCCUCUGAAGACAUUCGGAAAACGUUUCGAAUGAAUGCAACAUCCGGAGAAAUCCUUUUAGUAAAGACCCUGGAUUUUGAAUCCAUCCAGGCAUACACAGUAUAUGUUCAGGCCACAGAUGGUGGGGGACUUUCUGGAAGCAGUGUGGUGUUUGUUCAAGUAAAGGAUUUGAAUGACAACCCUCCAGAACUGACUAUGUCCACAUUUACCAACCACAUCCCGGAAAAUGCCCCGGAAACUGUAAUUGCUGUGUUCAGUGUUGCAGAUCCCGACUCUGGAGACAAUGGAAAAAUGGUUUGCUCCAUCCAAGAAGAUCUUCCUUUUGUUCUAAAACCCUCAGUUGAGAACUUGUACACUCUUAUGACAAACACAGCCCUGGAUCGAGAGACCAGAACACAGUACAACAUCACCAUCACUGUCUCAGACAUGGGUACACCCAGGCUAACAACUCAGCACACCAUAGCAGUGUACGUGUCUGACAUCAAUGACAACGCCCCCGCCUUCACCCAAACCUCUUACACCAUAUUUGUACGAGAAAACAACAGCCCCGCCCUGCACAUAGGCACCAUCAGUGCCACAGACUCAGACUCGGGCUCCAAUGCCCACAUCACCUACUCUCUGUUACCUCCCCAAGACCCUCAGCUGGCUCUCAACUCGCUCAUCUCCAUUAAUGCAGACAAUGGGCAGUUGUUCGCGCUCAGGGCGCUGGACUAUGAGGCACUGCAGGCCUUCGAGUUCCAUGUGAGCGCCGUAGAUGGAGGCUUGCCAGCGCUCAGCAGCCAGGCUCCGGUUCGCCUGGUGGUGCUGGACGACAAUGACAAUGCUCCCUUCGUGCUCUACCCGCUUCAGAACGCCUCUGCACCCUGCACCGAGCUCCUCCCCAGGGCGGCAGAGCCAGGAUACCUGGUCACCAAGGUGGUGGCAGUGGACCGCGACUCUGGCCAGAAUGCCUGGCUGUCAUUCCAGUUGCUCAAAGCCACGGAACCCGGGCUAUUCAGCGUGUGGGCACACAAUGGGGAGGUGCGCACCACCAGGCUGCUGGGCGAGCGCGAUGUACUCAAGCACAGGCUGCUGCUCCUGGUUAAAGACAAUGGCGAUCCUCCGCGCUCUGCCAGUGUCACUCUGCAUGUACUGCUGGUGGAUGGUUUCUCACAACCCUACCUACCUCUGCCAGAAGUGGCGCGCGACGCUGCACAAGACGAGAACGCGCUAACACUCUAUCUGGUCAUUGCCUUGGCCUCUGUGUCUUCUCUCUUCCUCCUGUCUCUACUGCUGUUCGUGGGGGUAAGGCUGUGCAGGAGAGACAGAGCGACCUCGCUGGGUGGCUGCUCUAUGCCCGAAGGUCACUUUCCUGGCCACCUAGUGGAUGUUGGCGGCGCAGGGACUCUGUCCCAGAGCUACCAAUAUGAAGUAUGCCUGUCUGGAGACACUAGGACCCCAGAUUUCAAGUUCCUGAAACCAAUUAUCCCAAAUUUCCUUCUUCAGAAUUCAGAGAGAGAGAAUGAUACAAACCCUAGUUACAGGAAUAGUUUUGAAUUCAGUUAAAUAUUGGUGAAGAAAUACUUAGUCUAGUCUCAGCUAAGACCUGAAAGGCUUGAGUGUACUGCUUUGAGAACUGGAGGUGUCUCUUUUUUGAAAGUAACUAUCUUACUCCAACCCUUUGCAUGUUCUUGGUAUUUCUUACAAGGUAAGGUAUGAGGAAGAAGGAGUCUAAAUUUUGCUUGUAUUCCAAUUUUAGUCUUUUAAUUUUAAUUGACUUAUAAUGUGAAAGUGAAAAUUGUAUUUUCA